AUGAGCACUAAGCCUGACGUGUUUCGGAUGUGUGUGUGGCCUGCAUGCCUUGUGGGUCUUCUUAUCACUGGCAUCCUCUCUCUGGACUGUAACUUGCUGCAUUUUCACCUGAGGAAAGUCACCUGGCAAAAUCUGAGACUUCUGAGCAAUACGAGCAGUUCAUUUCCUGUAGAGUGCCUACAAGAAACCACAGCUUUUGAGUUGCCCCAAGAGAUCCUAUCACACACCCAGCCUGUGAAAAGGUACAUCAAGGAGGCCUUCUAUGAAAUGUCCAUACAGGCCUUCAACAUCUUCAGUCAGCACACCUUCAAAACCACUUGGGAAAAGGACUAUCUGAAACAAAUCCAAAUCGGACUCUAUCAGCAACUGCAGUACUUGGAACAAUGCUUGGAGGAAGAGGAGAAAGAAAAGGAAGACUCCAAAGAGAUGGAACAGAACGGAAUGAACUGGUCAGGAGCUAUGGUAUCCCAGCUGAGCAAUCUAGAACUGAGGAGAUACUUCAAUAGGAUAGACAACUUCCUGAAAGAAAAGAAAUACAGUUACUGUGCCUGGGAAAUCAUCCGAGUGGAAAUUAGAAGAUGUUUCUACUACUUUCAGAAAUUUGCAGUACUACUCAGGAAGAAAUAAGGUAUAUUUUUAGAAUUAAAAUUCCUUUUCUCUCCAACAUCUCCUUCUCCUUCAUCUUCUUUUUAAGAAUUAUUGGGCUAUCCUAUAAGCCUGCCCACUGUCGGAGUGGCAGUGAUUUAGGUAAUGUUUACUGUCUCUAAAGUUGGCCUUGAGACAUCAGCUACAUCCACAUUUCUAAGAGGUGAUGCCAAUCGUCCUCCGGGUACCAACAGUCUUGUUAGAAAGUUCUGAAGAUAGUUUUAAAGGAGUAAGAUCCUCUCCAUGUUCUACUCUUUUCUUCCUCUUUCCCUUUUGCUAUUUUGUACUUGUUUUGCUCUACGGCCUUUGAACUUCACCAAGC